UUUCACUCCGCAACACGGCUAGGCUCGGUGACGUCCUGGGAAGCUUCAGACGCGACUCACCUAUCUACACAGAGACUCCACGCGUCGAUAUCUCACCACUACCACUUGCGACAGAGAAGCAACCAUCGGAAGGCGUUUCCGAUCCUUCAUGCGCAUUGCGACCCGUCUCCACCCAGCCUCGAGGUGAAAGAGCAGCCAUCUGCCAAUAUAGAAGAGAAGGAGCAACACCACAACCAUGUCAGGGCCCCCGCAAGGGCCCGGGCCUGUAAGGCAAAUGAGUGUAGGAAAUGGACCACCCAGCGCAGGUUUACCACCACACAACGCCAUGCCUCCACAAGGCGGUCCUCCGCCGCCAGGUGCCUCAGGGCCGCAGUCCCAGCAGAACUUGAACCAGAUUGUCUUGGAGUACCUCUCAAAAAAAGGCUAUGUUCGCACCGAGGCGAUGCUCCGCAAGGAGUCUGAACCGCAGACCAACGGCCAGCCGCUCACGGCGCAGAGUACCGAAGCAGGCGGCGCGAAAUAUACAAAAGCAUUCGAGCUUCUACGCAAAUACACCGAAGAUAACCUGGACCUGUAUAGACCAGAGUUGCGAAAGCUGCUGUGGCCCGUCUUUGUGUACUCAUUUCUGGACCUGGUGCGCGACUUUUACACGAAAGACGCGGAAACAUUUUUUGCGACGUACCAGGGCCUCUUUGAGCGCGACCACGACGAAGACAUCAAGACACUUCGCCAAGUGCGAUUACAAGCACAUCUGCAGGAGAGUCGAAUAGCGAAGCUGUACAUCGACAACAAAUACCGGAUCACGCUAACGACGAUGCCAUUCUUCAACCUCAUUCAAUUUCUCGAAUCCAAGCAUUUUGACGGUGGUGCGACAAUAAUAGACGUGAUCCGGGAACACCUGAACAUCGUCACUGUCGACCGGACGGCCACCGCCGAGAAAAGCAUUGCAGCAAUUCUUGCGAGUGGACAUGGCGAAGACGAGCUCCCAGCGGAGGAUGAAGGUAUUCCAGGACACGCCCCAGGUCAUCCUCUUACUGCGCGCCACGAUCCCGAAGCGGAAGCUGCCCGAAUCAGGCUACAAUUAGGAGCAUACCCACAGGAGGCAGAUCUGCAGGAAGACGUCCGAGCAGCUCUACAAGACGAGGACGCUAAAAAUGCGCCAAGACCAGGACAACCAAGUCUGGUAGAGGAGUUUGAGCAACGCAUAAAACAGGAACCAACAGAAGACGGGCCUUCGCGCGAGUUUGUUCCUUUGCCUCCCUCUCUAGCGCGCGACGUCUCUAUGGAGGUUCAGAAGAUCAUCGAGCACCGAGAUCGCUACAAGAUGGAAGGCAGAACAGGCGGUGUUGGUCCCGCUGUCAGCGUGACCAUGUACACCUUUCAUAACACGUAUGACAGUAUCAACUGUAUCGACUUCUCUGGUGACAACCAGCUCGUCGCAGCCGGCAUGAACGAGUCCUACAUCCGCGUCUGGUCCAUGGACGGCAGUCCUCUCACCUCUCCGAACGACAACCCAGACGCUCAGCCAUCGUCUUCCAGGCGGCUUGUUGGCCACUCAGGCCCUGUUACUGCGGUGGCCUUCUCACCCUCCACAGCAAAUCCGUAUCCUUCUGGCCCGCCCACAAACUCAGAAUGCCUCCUUUCAUGUUCGGAAGACAAGACCGUCAGGCUAUGGUCAUUAGAUACAUACACCUGUCUUGUAGCGUAUCGCGGACACGACAAUCCUGUCUGGGACCUGCAAUGGGGACCGUAUGGACACUAUUUCCUCACUGGUUCGAACGAUCGUACUGCGCGUCUGUGGUCAACAGAUCACAUUGAACCUCUACGCAUCUAUGUUGGCCACGACAACGACGUUGACUGCGUUGCUUUCCAUCCCAACAAUCUCUACGUAUUUACCGGCUCUUGCGACCGCACGGUGCGCAUGUGGCACAUCGCCGGUGGUAAUUGCCUGCGCCUCUUUACUGGUCAUACAGGCAAUGUAACUGCUAUAGCCUGUUCUCCUGACGGCAGAACCCUAGCAUCCGCUGACGAUGCUGGCAACAUUAUCCUCUGGACUCUUGAAACUGGGCGAAGACGCAAGCGCAUGCGCGGACAUGGCAAAGGCGGGAUCUGGUCGCUUUCUUGGAGUGUGGAGUCGAGCGUUCUUGUCUCAGCCGGUGCGGAUAAGACAGUUCGUGUUUGGGAUGUACUGCAAGAGACUAGCGAUAAGGCUGCUGACGGUGUGGCUGCGAAGGCAGAUGGCGCCAUGACGACCAAGGGCGCAAGUGGCACCACAGUCACGGGGAAGAAGGCCAACAAGGAGGCAGGUGUGUCGGCGGACCAGAUCAGCGUCUUUCCGACUAAAGACAGUCCUGUGUAUAAGGUACAGUUCACCCGGAUGAAUUUGGUCCUUGCCGGUGGUGCGUAUCUACCGACACGUCAAUAGAGCUUAGCAUCAAGCUAGGCCUUGAGGUGUUCAUAUACGGAUGGGUGCAUUCGGGCGUUUUUUUUAGGAGGUAAAAGCAUCAAGAUGACUAGCUAUAGUAUACCCGCAUGUAGAAUCUCAUUCUUUCAAUCUCAU